CAACGGGAAAUUGAAUGUGUCAUGUACCCGCCAUUUUAAAAGAUUUUAUGCCAAACGUUUCGACGUUCAAAGGGCUGUUUCAGGAUGGCAACAGAAGUUUUGAACUUUUUACCAUCAGAGGUUGCAAGAUUAGUGUUAGGUUACUUGUCAGAUGAGGGAUAUGUGAAUUCUUACAAGUGCUUCAUAAAAGAAUGCCCACAUCUUCAGGAGUAUCUCACUUUAAAGAGGCGGGGUCAGAGUUAUCCCCUACAUGUCAAUGGCUUGACCCUCAACCAAAUGCUGCAGGAAUAUGCUCAGUAUAAAUUGACAGAUACACAGAGAAGACAGACAAUGGGGAAUGCAGCUUUGUGGUCACAACUGGAUGCUGUAGUGAGGACUUUGAAGGAACACACAUCAAGUAAGCAAAAUCGCAAUGCUGAAGGCGUGACUCAAAGCACAAGAGUAAGACGCAUGUUGAUAGAGAAAAAACGCAGGCGAGAAUCUGAGCGACGUCAGCGGAAACUAGAUCUUUGUAGUAAGACCUCAGCCACCCAAGCCAAUGAAAAGUUCACCGACUCAAGUGAAAAGUUAGAAGUGAGCAUCACCGACAGUGAAAUGUCAUCAGAGGAGCCACCAGAGGCGGGGCAUUGUGGAGUGUUGACUCCGCCCACUGAUAGCGACACCAGAAAGGAGAGUGGUAGGGUCAGACAGUCAAAGGAAGAGACCAGGAGAUUUUUGAUGGACACAGACAACAGAGAGACGGAGUUUAUCUUACGUUCAGCUCCACCCUCUGUGUCCUCCCAUCACAAAAACUCACUGCAGAGGUCCAACUCUGUGUCAGAUUUAUUAAGCAAUUCAGCCCAAAAGCUGUACAAAAUGAGAGGCGUCACAGAUAGCAGGGUCAAAGAAAUAGCAUCCAAUGACUCAGACUUGCAGAAAAACCCACAAGGAAUGCUGAGCCAAAGUGUUCAGAAUAAUUCUGGUGCAAUACAGCUUAAUUCAGGUAAAAGUGAAACAGAAGUCAAAGAGAAUGAGAAUUUUAGGGAAGAAAACAAGAUUAGGAACACUAGUAUACAAGGCAGGGGAGAAAACUAUGCUGAUUCUACCAGUGAACAAAACCAAGUCGGUGAAAACAUUCCAGAUGAUAAUUCAUCAAAGUCAAAAAUGAAGUUGACAGCAGUGAUGUCUAAUUCUGUGAUAAGUUUUCAGAGCAACAAAGAGGGUACAAAAGACAUUCUAAACGUGCCCUGCAAACAGACUGAAAGUCAGACUGUGUCAGAUGGUCUGGGCUUGUUAAGUCCCAAACCAGGCAAUGUUGUAGAGGACCAUGCUACCAACAUAGAGGUGUUGGGGGGUGUGCUGCCAGGGUUACCUAUUGUUGAGAGUUUACAGGCAAGUGUGGAGCAGCCCUCAACUUCAAAACACAAGGAGAUGGAUAAUCAGAGUGACCAAGGAGUUGUCCCACAAACAUCCUCUGAGGAGAAUAGCCAGGAGUCGUCAGAAUCUGGACAGCCUAAGACACCAGAGAGGGUGAUCAUUCCAUUCCAGCAGGCUUUGAAUUUGACUGAGAGGAUGACCACGCCUUUUCAACAGGCUCUUAACCUGACCGAGGUAGGAAAAAUUCCUAAGGCACCACAUACACCUGUAAAACAGACUGACGAGACAUCACAGGGGAACAUAGACAAAACUCCACGAAGAAAGAGGCUACCAAAACAAAAGAAGAAUCGAGGAAAAGGCAACUCAAGUUUAAAUGACAGCAACAGAAGCAGAGGCGAAAAUUCCCUUCUGGUAGAAAACAUAACAUUGUUCUUCAAUGAGUUGAUAAACAACUCCUUACUUCAUGAGCGCCUAGCAGCAAAUAUAAACAAAACACUAGGACUGGAAACGGGAGAAAGACGCACGAGGAAAAAGUCUGAAAAAUCACAAAAUGUCCCUGCUGGUCCAAAAUCAGACAAACCAGAAAAACCAGAGCUAGCACCUGCACCAGGGGAGUCAGAACCGGAUAUAGCACCGGGUGUAGAUCUGCAGGAGGGACUAAAUGUACUGCUGGAUGAUAUCCUCAAUAUGAAUGAGACCCAAAUGUCUGAGGCCCAGAUAGGGGGAAUUAUAGAACGUACCAGCAAGGACCCUAACUUUGAAUCCUUAUUUAACCUCUUUCAAGAGCCCCAUUCUGCCUCAGAAAACCAGAAGACAGACUUUAGUGGGAUCAAGCUGGAAAUGGGGAAGGAAGCUACGAUCACUAACCAGAGUCUUCCAUCUUUUACAGAGCCCUUAGACUGUCCAGAUCCAAGCAACACAACCAGCGAGGAGAACCUCAUCAUGGAAAUCCUGCAGUCCCCCCAACCUGGACCCUCCCAGAACCUCUCAUACCAGAAAGCUGUAUUGGACCAGACUACAAACUCCCAGAAAACCGAGCCUGCUACUAAUGUGUCAGGAAUGGAAUGGAGUCCCGCUCAAGUUAACAACAACUUAACUACUUCCACCCCUACCUGUACGGCCACAGUAUCGAUAGCAUCAUGGGGACAGAGUCAAACUGUGUCUAGAAAUAUUUUUGAAUCAAUUCAGCCAUUGGCAGAUAAUCUUCCAUCUCCCAGAGUCACUGAAACAAAUGAACCUUCCUAUGAUCAACAUUCUGAACAGAUGAAAAAUACAGAGAUUAUUGAUAAUAAAUGUGAAAGUCCCAAAACACAGGUGAUCCAACACGGAAAUUCUGUUCCACUGUCUUCAGGACAAGAUGGAGUAGGAAGUCAGCAGCAACCGGUUUGUUCUUCAGUGGUGAUUUUCUGUGGAAGUCCAGCUGUCACCAGCAUACAGAAUUGUUCCACUGUUGCCAUAGCAGGUGUAUCUUCAGGACCCGUUUUGAGUCUUAUCAGCAGUGUUAUGUCCCCUUUGGUCAGACAAGGAUCCAAUCAGAACAGAUCUCCAUCUGUAAAUGACAAUAGUGUGGCAUGCCAAUCAACAUUAAAUGUGAAGGGUCAAGAGGUCAUUUCCUCUAGUCCACAACCAUUUACAAAACUGACAAACAAAAUACAAGCAAAUCUAGCUUGUGAUAUUCAGCAAGUUACAAAUUCACCAGUGCAUUCUCCUGCUCAAAGAAAAACAUUGACAAAUCAAGUUCUAUCACCUUUACAAAGUAUUGUACCGACAACAUUACAUCAGUCUCCGAAACUCUCACAGAGUACUGCCAUACAUUCAUCAUUCCAGGUGAGUGAAAAUGGCAGAAGUUUAGCUUCAGCAGCACUUCAAAAUUCGGGGCAAUCAUCAACUCUCUCAGCCAAUUCACCUCAACCGAAUAUCACAUUGCCUGUCUCUGACAAAUACACAGAGUCCCAGCAGAAUGUAUCUGAACAGGGAUUUCAGAAACCUAGUGAAGUGAUACCAUGUCAGGAAAGUGUGCCCUCAGGUAAACACACAGAGUCUAAAAAGUGCAGUACACCCAAAAAUACUCGUGAGAGAUCUAGUCAGUCAAAACUUGGAAAAUUAGGCAAGAAAGACAAACCAUCCACAAAGAAAUCCAGAGCAGAUGGUGGUCGAUCCUCAAAAUCACCCAAAGAUCAAACCAGCACAGAUAUGGUGGAGACUUUUGAGACAUCAGUAUCUGAGGCCCAUGGGUUCCCUGUGAUUUCUGUCAAGAGUGUGAUGAAGUCCCCCCAGGAGGCCCCUCAGGAGAGAGACAAAAGCCUGACCGUGGCUACAGACCCUGGUCAGCCAUCCGUGUCGUACCGGUCUUUUAUCAGUGGAGUCGCAGGGGAGGAGUGUAGUACCCCCAUGACAGAGAGAAUGGGGGCCAAGGAUAGCCAUCACACUUCUAGUAGCAGUACGACCAACAGUGGGGUGUUCACUGAGAUGAUGGAUUUUGUCUCCACACUGGAAAAGAGCAUGUCCAGCAGUAAAAAGAGAAGUCCCAAAGACAAAAGUGGGAAAAGGGCCGACAGUCAGAAAAAGAAAGAAAGCAAAACUGAAACUGACUUUGCUUCACCAACAAAGAAAUGUCAGUGGUCUCCAGAUUUAAAGGCACUGAUAAAACUGGUGACUCCUGAAAAGAAGGGAAAAACCAAAGGAAAGAAAAGUAAAAAGGUUGUCUUGUCUGCAGAUAAACGUAGAAAUCCAAAAAGAAAAGUCCGAAAAAGUAAUGAAGAAAACAUCUUAAAAGACAAUAAUGAGCCAGAGAUAACAAUCAAUUCACCAGAACAACAAAGUGUGUUACCAUCAAGCAAUAAUUCAGAGGUCAUUCCAAAGUCCAGCUUAGGGGUCGUCUUAAAACCUGGGUCAGAGAUCAUCCCAAAAUCUGCCUCAGAGGUCAUCCCAAAACCUGGCUCAGAGGUCAUCCCAAAACCUGGCUCAGAGGUCAUCCCAAAACCUGGCUCAGAGGUCAUCCCAAAACCUGGCUCAGAGGUCAUCCCAAAACCUGAUUCUGAAGGCAUCCAGAAACCUUUCUCAGAAGUCUUCACAAAAUCUGGUUCAGAGGUCACCUUAAAACCUGGGUCAGAGGUCAUAAAAAAUCCUGGCUCCGAGGUCAUCCCAAAUCCUAGGUCAGAGGGCACUGGUAAACCAGAAAGCAUGAAUAACUUGUCAAUGCCUUCCAUUUAUACCUUCAUGUCACCUGUACAGGUUACAAGUGGUAACUCGCAAAACAUUUCCUGUGAGGUUGGACUAACUCCUAAAACUGUACUGACAGCAGUGUCUGCUCUAAAAGACAACAACAAACCCUCUUCAAGAAAAUCUUUACCAGUUCAUCAAAAUACAGAACCAGAUAUUGGAUUAACAGUUAAAGAAAAACCAACUGUCCAAGUUCCAAGUUCCCAAGAAGCAUCAAAUGUCUCAUCUUCCCCUGCAAGACACAAUACUGAAGGAUCAAAGCAGAUGGUUGCUGUUAAUCAGGGUGAUGGAAGAGUUCUAGGUGAUGUGGAAACAGACUACAGUAAAAUUCCAUACUCACCCAACCAGGAUUUUCUCGCCUCACCUGUUCGUUACCAUAGUCCAGACAUUGCUGUUUCUCUUGGAAAUCAGUACUAUGAACAUGUAUCAUCUAGUCAUUUUGACAGUCCAAGUUUAGCUGUGCCUCAUGCCAGUCAAAUAGUCACACCUACUCUAUGUACGCCAGCUAAUACAGUAUCUCAAAACACACCUAUUAUGUCAGACACUGUAUCUUUUGCAACAAGUGAAAAUGUGUACAAUAAUGGGAUGACUUAUGUACAGAAUUCUGUGCCGUAUCUGGGACAAGUGAUAAAUGCAGGAGACCCUUCACUGCAGUACAAUACAGUGUAUAUUGACAGUAAAGGAACUGUGAUUCAGACAGGAUUAGAUACAGUAGGGCAUAAUGUGGUACCAACAUAUACCACAGAACAGGACAGUAUCUCGACUCAGGAACCUGUGAUGGAUAUUUUAUCUGCUGCGGCUUCAGUGAUAACUUCAAGUCCCCUGGAGACGGUCGAUGGUGAACAGUUAAACGCUACUCCAGAGAAAAAGGACAAAGAAGAAAGUUUGGGACAGCUUAUUGCCAUCCCUGUUGGACGGUAUUAUCCGGAGAAAAAACUCCAUGUCAGGUCUCUGGACUUUGGUCCUGAUGCUGCAACAGUAGAAAUCCGGAAACCAGGUUAUGGCAGGGGACGUAAGAAGAAGAGUUAUGGUGAUAUUAAAAGCCCUGUAAAGCCAGGAGGUCUGGGGAAUAAGCAGACCAAGGGAAAAACAAAGAGUAAAGAAGCCGUAAAAGCAAAAGCCGAUAAAAAAGAUGAUGGUGUGUCUCAAAAGCAAACCAGUCUCCUGGUGCAAGUGGUAGAAAAACAGGAAACGGUUGUCGAACAGGCAGAUUGGAAGAACUUUGAAAAAGAUGAUUUAAUUCCAGAUGCUUCAGGUUCUGUAUACAUUGUAGAAGGAAACACCAGAAAGAAAAUUAAGUUAAACAAGACACCUCGUCCAGUACGAAAUUUGUCACCUUACUUUCUGCCCAAUGCUUUUGACUUGGCUUCAGGCAUUAUUCCAGUUAGAACAGAGAUCUACAAGAAGGGGAGAAACAUAACAGUCCCUGCUGGGGUAGCUAUGCCAAAAUUUGAGCAGGUGUCAUCGGGAAGUGUGGAACACGAGGGAGGGGACAGUGAUAUAGACGUGGAUGGGGACUGUGAACUGCCGGAUUUAUCACCAGAACCUCCAACUUCUAGAACACCUGUGUCUAAAUGUUCAGAAUAUGUACAGAGAACAGAGAAAAUACAUGUAACUCCUGGAAAAAUUUCUUCUGUUGAUGUUGACAAUCGUAGUAUAAAAAAUUCAUCAGUGAUCACCGUUUCGGACAGUUGUGAUAGUAAUGCAAGCAGGAAACCAAAUAGUGAUUCAAAGAAAAUGGCUUUUAACACAGGGUCUUCCAAUGUGGACAAUAACCCAUUAUCUGUGAGAAGCUGCCAUGGGAAUCCUGGUAGUAUUUAUAGUAACAACAGUAAUUCCCUCCCAGAUCUAGAUAGCCCCCGCCCGCUGAUCAACAUGUCAACUCCCCCAAAGAAAAGAAUCACAGCAUCCCUGAAACAUGGAGGAGGCUGUUACUUCUUCUCUACUGCCUCCCAGGAGGGGAAGAACCCCACAUCAACAGUGGAGUCAAGGGAAUGUGAUACCAUCAAGGAUGUGAUGAGAGGAUCCAAGUCUCCUAGAACGCCGAGGGGAAAACGGACGCCCAGUAAAGCAGUCAGACAGAGCCCCAGACUGUUUGGGAGUCCCAGCCGUCAGUUACGAAGUAUGACCUCACCUGCUAAAGUUAAUCCACAACAAGUAACAUCCCCAAAAUUGGUGGAGAAAAAGAAAGGGGUAAAGAGACUAAGGGAGAUUACUCCUGGAGAG